AUGAAAAUACUCCUAUCAUCAGAUGAAGUUAAUUUAAUUGUUUAUCGCUAUUUAGUGGAGAAUGGAUUUAUCCAUGCUGCCUACGCUUUUUUUAAUGAAGCAAAUAUAUCCAAAAAUUCAUACUAUAUAAGUCAUGAUGAAAAGCUGCCAUGCCAUGCUCUGGUAACCUUUAUGCAGAAGGCACUGGUAUUUAUAUUUAUAGAGUACCAUACCGAAUAUAACAAUGCGAGAAUUUCCUGUAAGGAACCCUUUUCCCUUUUUAGAAGACAUGAAUGUUGCACUGAGGAAGAGGAUUUAUCAGAGGAACAGGAAAACAAAAUAGAAAUUCGGGAGAAUAAGAAAAACACCAGCAAUAAUUUAAACAUAUGCACCUCGAGUAGCAAAACGUUUGGAAAUAAUAAUAUCAUUAAAAGUUAUUUGCCCAACUCUGUCAGCUUCAGUGACUUGAAUAAUGAUCCUUGCAUUAACAAUGUUAAUGUCCAUGGCCCCAGCGGCGCUAAUGCUAAGAAGAACCCUGUUAGCAAGAGAGGUGCGGGGAAAGCUGACAACGAGGGGGAAAACGGGAAAGCUAACCAGGAUAGCAACAAAACUGUGAACCAGGUUAGUAAUGUGAAUGGUGAAGACGCCAAUAACAACAGUAGCAAUAACACAAAUGAUAGUAAUGCCGCCAAGGCGAAAACGAACUCGAAGCCCAGCAUUUACAGGAGCAGCUUUUCAAAUUUUGCUUCGUUGAACUAUAACGACAGCAAUAUAUCUUUUAAGGAUAUCAAGAGGAAUUACGCGAACAUUUUCGCGCAAGGAAAAAAGUCCAAGAAAAGUUCUUCAAGUAAGAAGAAUAAUAACAGUAACAGCAGCGGCAGUAAUAAUGUCAACAACAACAAUAACAGUGAGGCUACUAGCGGCCAUAACAACAGUGUCGGGGGAAGUAGUAAAAAAAACGGCACCAUCGUUAGUAGCAGUAACGCAGAGGGGAAGGAAUCCAACGUGAAGGACGAACCGGAUGAUAUCAGCACUAGUGGUAGUCAACGAAAGAAGUCCAAAAUUAUGAAAAUUGUAAGUAAAUCCAGUAAGGCGAAUGAUGAUCAGAACGGCAAAUGUAACAACAUCAGCGAUAGCAUCCUUUCUGAUGAUAAAAGAAAAGAGAAUAAUCACGUAUCCGAUAUGAAGGAGGACAACGUGGAGUCUACUAAGCAGAAUACUGCAAAGAAAUACCAUAACUUAAAUAACAAUGUUAAAAAGAAUAAUGUAAACACAUCGAGUGGCAAAGGAACGAGUUUGAGCAAUAAUAACAACCAUAGCAAUGUAAAGAAAAAGGAGUUAAGUGGUGGGAACGCAGGUCAAAAUAGUAAUUCAUCGAAUAAGAAAAAGAAAAAACUGAAAAAAAGGAAAAAAGAAAGUAUUUCCAGCAAUUCAACAAAUAAUAGCAAGAAAACGAUAAAAAAUUCGCUAAAAAAGGAGAAAAAAGAAAAGGCUAAUAAGAGCGUAACAUCAAAACAGAAAAAAAAUAACAGACAGGACGAGGACAACGACGAUGAUGAGGAUGAUGAUGAUGAUGAUGGUGAUGAAGUGUCUGAUGAAAACUCAGAACAAGAUUCCGAAUUUUCCAAUGACAAUCAAGAUUAUAAUAAUGAAAACGUUUGCAGUGCCCCUUUGGAGGACAGUACCAAUAAUUCUGCGCCAACGAGGGAUAAUCCCUCAAGCAGUUCUAUUAACAAUAACGCAACAGUGGACGAUAAAACGAACGAUGGUCCAUAUGUCAAUUUUAAGAAGAGUAGCAGUACGAAUGUCAUUUCGAAUAGUUCUUCACAGAAUUCUACCAUCGACGGGGUUAAAAAUGAAAUGAAUAACUCGCAUAUAACGGAUUACGAUGGAUGUCCUAAUAAUGCUUCUGAUGGAAAUUUACAGGCAGAAGCAUUAUUAAGCGAAAAAUCUUUGAAUGAGAAUAAUUCAAACGACGCAGCUAUGCUAAAGGUGGAGUGUGAACCCCCCAAGGUGGAAGCAAAAGAAAGUAAUAACUCAAAUAAAAAUGAAUUUAAUUUCAGUUUUGCAAAUUUUUUGAAUAAGAAAAUAAGUUCUAUUUUUAAUAACAGCUAUGGUAAUGAUGACUUAAAUGGGGACAGUCAUAAUAAGGAUAGCAAUAACGAAAAUUGCAAGGGUAAUAGCAACGACAGCACUGUGAAGGAUGUCUCGAACAACGAACAGGUGCUGCCGCAGGAUGCUCAAGAUCCUCCACCAAGUGAACCCUACGAGAGCGUCAGCAGUAGUAAAGACCGGUACAACAAAUUUAACCAAAAGAGCAAGCUGAUAAAGGAUGAAUAUAUGGAGGCUAAAUACGAAAAGGAACAUCUCGCAAGAGAACAAACGAACGAGGCGGAAGAGGUGGAAGAUGCAGCAGGGGAAACAGAAGCAGCGGGGACACCUGCGAGGAAACAAAAAAGACUAUACGAUUAUAAUAGUGGUAUGAAAGUGCAAGAGGGAGGAGAUUCACACCAAAUGGAAGAACACGAAAAUGAUAAAAUAUGUGUAGAGGAAAAAAAAAGGAAGAAGUCUUCCAUUUAUGAAGAAAAUUAUAAAAACGAAAUGAACAAAGAAUUUUUUAAAAUACUAACACAGACAUCGACAAAUAAAGGGGAUAAUAAAUGUAAAUCGAAUGGUUCAGUGGAUAUGAAGGAGGAAAUGGAAGGUGAACUUGGUCGGGGAGUAGAACAACAGGUAGUGGAGGGUGAAUUGGGAGGAGCCGAAAAUGGUGACCUGCACAACCUUGGGGAUGAUGGAAACGCGGAAUUGGAUAAGGCAAAAUAA